AUGGAUAAAAUUACAGGUGAGCUUGUUCGCGGCAUCGUUGAAGCCGGGAAGAAGGCAGGCCAUGCUAUAUGUGGUGGGCAUAUAAGUGGGAUGUUCGGGUUUUUCUUCACAGAAGGACCUGUUUACAAUUUUGCAGAUGCCAAGAAGAGUGAUACGGCCAAGUUUGCAAAGUUCUAUUGGGGAAUGUUAGCAGAAGUUGUCUAUUUGGCUCCUUCACAGUUUGAGGCUGGGUUCACCAGCUUGGCGCAUAGCCCUGAUGACAUAGAAAAGACAAUAGCAGCUGCAGAGAAGGUUUUCAUGGAGAUCUGAAUGUUAACUUAGAGUUUUAGAUGAUUUUUAUCUUAUUGCUGCAUUUAUUUAACCUGUAUCAUUUUGGAUCUUGUAUCCACUCGGUGUAUUAUUAUUAUUAUUAGUAGCUGUAAAGCCGAGUGAAUUUUAAGUCUGUAACUAUUUGAGUUCAUGGUCUUUCCUCUUCAUACAAUCUCCAUUCAAGCA